AUGCAACAGCAGCCGACUGAAACCGAGACUGGCUGUGGCUACGGAGGCGCCGUCCGAUCUAAUGAUACAAACACACGGGCAACUCUUUUGAAUAUGCAAAGUGGCAGCGUGAAGGAGAUACUGCGGAACUUCGAACGAAAAACUCAAAACGGACCCGUGCAGUCGGUGGGAGGUGGAACGGUGCUACGGCAUAAGCAGCAAGAACUAAAUUCAACUGCCUCCCCAUCUACAUCUGAGAGGAAGUUACAGGAGCUUCAAAGCGUUUUGAAGCACCGCGAGGAGUUGAUUCGUUCCCUUGAGGGUGCAGUUGCUCAGCGCGAGUCCGAUUUGUCCUUCGUGCUAAAAGAAAAGUUUCACCUUUCCAAGGAAAUCGUCGCUUCACGGUCUGCCUCACAGCCAAGCGGCGGCCCCUCCUCCUUUGGUGUCCACCAAAGCGCGUCAGUCCCAGUACAAUUCAGAACAGUGGGGAACGGAAUCUCUCGCCAGCCGGCGAACUCGUGCACAGCGAGUGAGCCGCAGGCAGAAGCUUUCGCAGCUCAGCGACUGCAGCCAGAGAGCAGCGACUGUAGCGACCCUGAGGACAGGAGCGGCAUUGGAGUGCAUUGUAGCGUUAGUGGGACCAGCAGGGGGUCAAGAAAGAACUCUCGAAAGGCCCCAAAAGGAAGCGGCUGCGGCGAAGCUGAAGAGCUCUCGCUGAAGCGCGUUACGUGGAGAGAAACCCAAAGCCCGAACCGACUCUCCACUGAAGAAAUUGACGGAGCAGAAGAGAUGGAGAGCACAGCGCCGGCCGAUGCACCGCGUGAAGAGGAAGCACUGGCAGCAACUUCUCAAAGUGCAAGCAGUCCACAUUCAUGUCUACAACAAUCAGGGGCUGCGGAAGGCGACAGUCCAGUGAAGCAGGAGCUAACUGUAGAGCCAGGACUGUCACUUUCCGAUGAUGAAUCGAACGAAGACACUGUCCCUAUUGGGUUGCCGCCGGAGGCUCCUGAAAAGUCUUGCAGUGCCACCAGUGCUGCAGAUCCGCGACGAAAUGAAUUGAGGCCGUCUAGAUGCUCUGAGACAUCUCGCUCUAAGAACCUUCUGGGAAACGCCGCAGCAUACCUAGACUUAAAUAGCUGGUGGCUUGGCAAAAAUGUCGCGCAAACGGAGCAGUAUAAUGACUGCAUGGCGGCGUCAGUAGCUAGUGAAGGCAAGCAUAAAGCUGAGGAGGACGGAAGGGGACCCGUCGAAACCCGCAAAAAUACCCGAAGCAUUCACUUUACAACAGCAGUAGACCAAGAACGGAAGGUAGUAGAUGGCGCAGGCGAAGGGGGCGAUCCGACGGACUCAUCGGAUCCACAUAGCGGCACUAGAUUCCAGGCGGAACUGUUCUUUAAGGCUCUAUUGGUACAAACACAGGCCAUGGUUGAAGCGGAAGCGGAAACUUCAGACGUCCUAGAAAUGCAAGAUGAAUUGUCGUCUAAAAUAGACUUCCUACAGAAUGCUUUUGAAGAGAUUUGUCAGGAGCUAGACGCCGUUAGGAAGGAGAAUAGAGCCCUCAUCCAGAAGAUUUCACUGAACGACACACAAAAGGACCCGACCACUGAACCAUCUGAUAUGCCUACAGCAUCAAAUGAAAAGACCACCAACAGUGGACAUUGCGCUUCGUCCCUCUCCCCGGCAUCGCUCAAGUUGGCGACGACUGUUGCCCGUGUUCAAAAGGAGCAUCAUGAAGAAACCAUGGAGGAAAAACUCGAAAAUGCAAUUCUACAGAUUCGCAAUCUUGAGGAAAAGCAUGCAAGAUCAGAGGCCGCCCUCAGUACUGCGCAAGCUGCAUUGAAUGAGGCUCGGAAUCAAAUAGUAUUUUUGCAGCAAAGAUGCGAACUUUUGCAGGAAUUUGACAAACGGACUUGGCGACUGCUUGAGAAGUUAAUGCUGAAUGGCGCUCAAGAAGGCGGACCUCUGGCUGGCAUGUUCUCAGCGAGAGCAGACGGCAAUGACUGA